CAGAAAACCUCGUGUACGGACUUCUCUGCUUCUCACCUCUCCUCCAGCGCCAGCACAGGAUUUCCACCGUGUUUAUAAGAAGAAAUGCAGUGACAGCGUACAACUCUUUCCCUAGUCAAGUUGUCCCAAGAGGAUUCAUCACUUCAACUACUUACCCAACAAAACCCUUUCAGCUAAAAAUGGAUCUGCACCGUGCUGCUUUUAAAAUGGAGAACUCUUCUUUCUUGCCUAACCCUUUGGCCUCACCAGCGCUAAUGGUUUUGGCGUCAACUGCUGAAGCUAGUCGAGAUGCUUCCAUACCGUGCCAACAGCCACGUCCUUUUGGUGUGCCAGUCUCAAUGGAUAAGGAAGUCCAUAUACCUUUCACUAAUGGUUCCUAUACAUUCACUUCAAUGUACCAUCGCCAAGGUGGUGUGCCAGGGGCCUUCGCUAAUCGUGACUUCCCACCAUCCCUUCUUCACCUUCAUCCACAGUUUGCCCCUCCCAAUUUAGACUGCUCCCCAAUCAGUAUGCUCAACCAUAGUGGUGUUGGUGCUUUUCGGCCCUUCACUUCCCCUGAGGAGCGAGAGAGCUAUCAGUCUGCCUUCACCCCAGCCAAGCGCCUCAAGAGCUGUCAUGACACAGAGUCUCCACAUCUGCGAUUCUCCGAUGCUGAGGGAAAAGAAUAUGAGUUUGGGACUCAGAUCCCCUCAGGCUCCCCAGGGGGGCUUAAAGUGGACGAGGCAGGAAAAAAACUUUUUGCAGUGGCCGGCCUGAUCUCAGAUAGAGAAACAUCCUCAAGUCCAGAGGACCGGAAUGACAGGUGCAAAAAGAAGGUUGCCUUGUUUGAUAGCCAAGCCCCAAUCUGCCCCAUAUGCCAGGUCCUACUACGCCCAGGAGAGCUGCAGGAACACAUGGAGCAGGAAUUGGAUAAACUCACUCAAUUAAAUAUCAGUAUUCUGAGAAAAAAGAAAUUGCUGACUUCUUCUUGUGAAUAACCCAGAAUCUAGCAGUGUCUGAGAAAGACCAAGACCAGAUCUUGUGCAGAAGAACACUUUGAAAUCAGUAGCAGGAGCAGAAUGCAAGCUAAACUCUCUUCUGAUGCUUGGUGGUGCAGUUUAGAGUUAGGAAGAGCUUACUGUAAUAAGUAAAAUAAGUCAUUUAUUUUUAAUAAUAAAAAAACUUACUAUAAAGGAA